AUGACAACCGCACCGUGGGAGCAAAAGGCACAGAAGGUUCGCGACUAUCGCGACGCAAGUCUCGCCAAAGUCGAGCCGGCGUUGGAAGAGCUCCCUACGCCUCUGCCGCUGAACUCCCUCGAUCUCCCCAAGCAGUUCCUCACCGAGCGAGAGUAUGAGCUCACGCAGAACUAUGACGCGAUCGCGUUGCUUGAUAUGCUGCGUUCAAAGAAAGUAACGUCAGAAGAAGUAACGAGAGCGUUUCUCAGGAGAGCAGCGUUGGCACAGAAAGCGAUCAACUGCGUGACAGAACUCAUGUGGGACGAGGCAAUUGCUCGCGCAAAAUACUUGGAUUCACUCGAAAAGCCGAUUGGACCUCUUCAUGGUCUUCCUCUUUCGGUCAAGGAGCACCAUGGGAUGAAGGGCAAGAAGGUCCAUGCCAAUUUCAUUGCCUGGAUUGAUGACGAGUCUGAUGACAACCUCCUCAACAAUAUCCUUUAUGAUGCGGGUGCCGUCUUUUAUGUUCGCACCACGGGCCCACAGGCGCUAAUGCAUCUCGAAUGCGAAAAUAACAUUUAUGGCCGCACUGUCAACCCCCAUAAUCGCAAUCUGACUUCUGGAGGCAGCAGUGGGGGUGAAGGAUCGCUUAUUGCUUUUGGAGGGAGUGUUUUGGGUGUUGGAGGCGACAUUGGAGGUAGUGUUCGCAACCCUGCUGGUAACAAUGGGGUAUAUGGUUUUAAACCAACCUGCAAACGGCUCCCAGUUGGUGGGAUUAAGCUUCCCAUGGAGGGGAAAGAUGCAAUUGCUGCCACAUUUGGACCGUUAUGCCGCUCUCGGCCAACGAUGGAUCUCUUCAUGAAGGUGAUUGCCGAUGCUCAGCCGUGGAGGUUCGACGCUUCUCUCUCUCCGUUGCCCUGGACUCCCGUCACAACCACCAAACCCCUGAAAAUUGCCAUUGAAUGGGACGAUGGGGUGGUCAAGCCACAUCCCCCUGUCCUCCGCGCACUGCGAGAGGUGGCGGAAGCUUGCAAGAAAGCUGGCAUGGAGGUUGUUGACUGGCAGCCAUAUGACCACCGAACGGCCUGGGACAUAAUUUCGGAGCUGUACUGGCCCGACGCGGGAAAGGAGGUCAUUGGGCUCCUCGAGUCAGAAGGAGAGCCACUGCUGCCACUGACCAAGUUUAUUUUGGACCAGCCGAUGGUCAAGGAUCAUAGCAUGGCGGAGUAUUGGAAGCUUUGCCUUAAGCGCGACGGUUACCGUGACCAGUAUGCUGCACACUGGUCCGCCACCGCGAGGUCGACGACUGGCGAGGUUGACCUCAUCCUUUGCCCCACGACUCCUGGCGUUGCUCCCCCGCACGAAUGCGCCCGGUAUUGGGGCUAUACCUCGCAGUGGAACCUGCUGGACUACCCGGCGGCUGUGUUCCCGGUGACCAAGGUUGACCCCGCGCAGGAUGCACGCGAAGAGGGCUAUGUCCCGCGCAACGACAGUGACCGGUACAACCACGAGCUGUACACGGGGCCGGAGCGGUUCCAGGGCGCGCCGGUCAGCCUGCAGCUUGUCGGGCGUCGGUUCUUUGACGAGAAAGUGCUGGCUGGGCUCGCGGCGGUGGAGGCGGCGAUGGGCCGUAAAUAG